CUCAGCUUGAUAUCUGAAUCAAAAGAUUGACUCCCUAUCCCGCUCACAUUGGCUUUAAUCAGACAUGCAGUCGCUCCGACAGUAUAGGUGCAUCGACCGCUCCGUCCAGAAUAGGAUCCUUCAAGACACAGAGAAAAAAUUUCCGCGUGGGGAUUUUCCAGACGCUUUGAAUGGUAAGUCAAACAGCGGCUUGACUCAAUUUCACGAAUUUACGUGUCCUACGAUAUCCCCUCCAGAUUCAUCUUCGGACCCUAGUCUUACAGAGAAGACUUCUGCCAUCAUUCCCGUGCAGUGGGAUGCAAGCGAUUGCUACCUCAACCCGCGUCAAUACAGCGUGCGUCGAAAAGCGGCCAUAACUGCUAUUGUCGCCAUCAUUGCCAUUGCAGUGACUGCAUCUUCAGCCAUAGAUGCAGCUGGCGCUGCAGAAUAUCAGGCCUAUUUUGGUGUCUCAGAUGUUGUGGCCUCGCUACCCACGGCACUAUUCCUCAUAGGCUUUGGACUCGGAUCCCUUAUAUCAGGACCGUUUUCGGAAACAUUCGGCCGCAGCAUUGUUUAUAUCGUCACGUUGAUCAUAUUCUUGCUCCUCAUCAUGGCCUCCGCUCUUGCACCGAAUCUAGCCAGCCACUUGGUAUUCCGCUUUACAGCAGGAGUCUUUGCAGCAACUCCACUUACCUGUGCUGGGGGAACGGUUUCAGAUUUAUGGGACCCCCUGCAGAAGACAUAUGGAUUUCCAAUCUAUGCAAUUCCGGCUUUCACGGGACCGAUGAUUGGGCAAGUCAUCGGUAGUUAUAUCCCGAGCACCUUAGGGUGGCGCUGGUUGGAGUGGAUCAUGCUUAUCACCGGUGGGAUAGUGCUGGUGACUGUUGUUCUGUUACAGAAGGAAACUUACCAGGAUGUAUUACUCCAAUGGAAGGCAAUUGCCCUGCGCAAACGAACCGGGAACCAGUACUAUAAGGGGCCUAUGGAGCUCCGCUCCCUCAGCUUGCGACAACGAUUGGUGCUCGCUAUUUAUCGGCCUUUCAUAUGGGGAUUGACUGAGCCGAUUGUCAUUCUCAUGUCCCUCUAUCUCACGGCCGUCUAUAUCAUUCUUUUUCUCUUCCUGGAAGGAUAUCAGUUCAUUUUUAAAGACAUAUAUCACUUCUCGGAGGGUCAAACAAACGUUGUUUGGAUGGCCAUGGUCGUCGGAACGGUAUCAACUGCUAUUCAAGUACCGGUUGUCUGGAUAUGGACCAAGAGGGAGUACAAGCAAGCAGGACGCGUUCGGCCAGAAAGUCGACUUUGGUUCGCUAUGCUGGGUGGGGCUAUAUCCAUCCCGGUCAGUCUCUUCUGGCUGGCGUGGACGAGUUCUCCUUCCAUCACUGUAUGGUCUCCCAUCUGCGCUACAGCGCUCUUUGGCUUCGGUAUAACGACUGUCUUCAUUAGCACUCAUAUGUAUGUGAUUGAUUCAUACGAGAAGUAUUCUGCUUCGGCACUGGCAAUGCUUGUGCUCUCGAGGUAUCUAGCUGCUGGUGGGAUGACUAUCGCGGGCAAUCCGAUCUACUCCAAGUUCGGUGUCCCGUAUACAUUGUCGACCCUCGGAGCCAUCAGUGCAGUCAUGGCAAUCAUUCCCUAUCUCUUCUAUAUCCACGGGCAACGCAUUAGUAACGCUAGUAAGCAUGCUGUGGUUCGUGACUAAAUUGAAGGGGCAUUUGGAUGAGGUAGCCGGAAAUUUCCGUCGUGGCCUAAGAGCUUUUCAAAUGCUCGUUGUUUCAUAAUUGUUGAAAAUUGGGCCGGGCUUCGUUUGGGUGCGUAAGUUGGCGGAAGGUUCUUGAGUGUGUUGAUAGGUUGAUGCCAAAAAGUUCUCGGUCUUCGAAAU